AUGUCCACCAAGACGCGCCCCGCCAUCCCGCCAGUAGUCAUGGACAGCAUGACGCAGCAAAUCGGCAACACACCCCUUGUACGCUUGAACAAGAUUCCGCAGUCUCUGGGAAUCAGAGCAACCGUAUACGCCAAGGUCGAAGCCUUCAACGCCGGCGGUAGUGUGAAGGACCGCAUCGCCCUUCGCAUGAUCGAGGCCGCCGAAAAGUCCGGUCGCAUAAAGCCUGGUGACACUCUCAUCGAGCCUACUUCCGGUAACACGGGUAUUGGGCUGGCUUUGGUAGGCGCGAUCAAGGGAUACAGAACCAUCAUCACGCUUCCCGAGAAGAUGAGCCCGGAGAAGGUGGCGGUUCUCAAGGCACUUGGAGCUGAGAUCAUUCGUACCCCGACAAGCGCGGCAUGGGAUAGCCCUGAAAGUCAUAUCGGUGUUGCCAGGAGACUAGUCAAGGAGAUCCCGAACGCACACAUCCUCGACCAGUACUCGAACCCGGAUAACCCGAUGGCGCAUGAGUGUGGCACUGCCGAGGAGGUAUGGACACAAACAGACGGCAAGAUUACGUGUCUUGUUGCUGGUGCGGGAACCGGAGGCACCAUUACAGGCCUCGCACGCGGCCUUCGGAAACACAAGCAGGAUGUCAAGAUCGUUGCUGCCGACCCGCACGGCAGUAUUCUUGCCCUCCCCGCGAGCCUCAACGACGAACGUGUGAACGAGGGCUACAAGGUUGAGGGAAUCGGAUACGAUUUCAUUCCUGACGUCUUGGAGCAGAAGAUUGUGGACAAGUGGUACAAGACAGACGACCGGACAUCGUUCAUGUACGCACGCAGGCUGAUCGCCGAAGAGGGCAUCCUUGUUGGUGGUUCGUCUGGCAGUGCAAUGGCUGCCAUGGUUGAAGCUGCCAAGGACAUGAACCUGACUGAAGACGAUGUCAUUGUCGUCAUACUUCCGGACAGCAUCAGGAGUUACCUCAGCAAGUUUGCCGACGACGACUGGCUUGCAGCGAACGACCUUCUCCCUCCUACGCCUCCUCUGACACCCGACACAAACGGCGCGUCCGCACGCCGUCUCUCCACCACCAAGCAGGCCGACGCUUUCCACGGCGCUACAAUUGCUUCCCUCCGGCUCAAGCCUGUCACCACCAUCCCUUCCAACUCGCCAUGCAGCGAAGCCAUAGAAACUAUGCGUGAGAAGGGCUUCGACCAGCUCCCUGUCAGCACGUACUCUUCAUCUGGAAAGGCGCGUCUCGUGGGUCUUGUAACCCUCGGUAACCUCCUCUCCUACAUCGCGGCAGGUCGCGCUACGCCCAAGUCGUCCGUCGAAGAAGUCAUGUUCGAUUUCCGCAAACUGAACGAAGUCGUAAAAGACCUCGGUCGUCUGUCGCUAGACGGUGACAACGCGAAGAACACACAGAAGGGUGGCAAGAAGGGACGAAGGGAGUUUGUUGAGAUUACCAAGGAAACCAGCUUGGGCGACCUGAACAAGUUCUUCGAGUGGAACAGCGCUGCUGUUGUCACCGAGCGCGUAGAUGGCGAGCCUAGGGCUAUUGCUGUUGUUACAAAGGUGGACUUGCUUACUUGGAUGGUCAGACAGGGAAGCACCAACGGAAUACACUAG